AUGGCAGACGUUGAUGAGUUUGGACGGCGGCGGGACCGGGGUGAGUCCCGUCGCCACGAUGAGUAUGACGAGGAUGAUCGGAGGAGGAGCAGUCGUCGCGAACGGGAUGACCGCAGCCGCGACCGAGACAGCGGGCGGCGCGACCGAGAUAGGGACUAUGGUCGGGACCGGGACCGGGACGACCGCAGCAGCCGAGGCGACCGCCGCGACCGCGACGACGACCGAGACGACCGGCGGUCUCGACGCCGCGAUGACAGCGAUGACGAAGACCGGUACCGUCAUCAGCGACGCGAGGAGCGAGAGGCCGAGAAACAGCGGCGUCGCGAGGCCAAGGAGCGGGCCAAGCUGUAUGAGACUCCCGAGGAGAAGCGGGCUCGCCGCCUGGCCAAGAAGGAGGCCAAGUCGCGCAAGCGCCGUGAGGGUACCAUUGUCGUCGAACAUCGCGAUGACGACGCCAGUGGUAAAUUUGUGUGGAAGAAGAAAAUCGACGAGGCUCUCACGCAGGGUCUUACGCGCGAGGAGCUGUAUCACCAAGAGUUGGAGCGCGUGCGCGAGAACAAGCGUGAGCUCGAGGAGGUCAAGAAGCGCCGCGAGGAGCGUGAAAUUGAACAAAAUCAGAUGCAAAAGGAGCGAGACAUGCAGAUUCGUGAUGCCGAUGCCGCUCAGUUUCAAGACUGGAUUGAGAACGAGGACAACUUCCAGCUCGAACAAGCCCGCCUGCGCUCCGAAAUUCGCCUGCGCGAAGGCCGCGCCAAGCCCAUUGAUCUGCUGGCACGCUACAUGCGCAUGGCCGAGGAUGAAGUCGCGUUUGAGAUGCGAGAGCCUUAUCACGUCCUUGACAUGCUGACCCUUGAGGAUACUGAAGACUUGGAGGCCGACAUCCAGGUCUACCUCAAACUUGAUCGUGCACCAGCGGCGACUGAAUUUUGGCAGGACAUGCUCACGGUCACCAACCACGCACUGGUGGAGCAUCGUCGCCUUGCAGCCCUACGCAAGCCCGACUUGACGCCUGCCGAGGCGCGGGCGCUCGAAUCAAACAUUAACCAACGUGUCAAGGCCGACAUUGUGACCCUCUUUGCCAAGAAGACGCACGCCCAGCUGCAGGAUCUGCGCGCCAAGAUUCAGCGCAAAUUGGAUAGCCCAGAUACCCUGGAUGUGGGCUAUUGGGACUCGUUGCUCAAGGAGCUGCGAGUGGAGAUGGCCCGUGCGCGUUUGCGCGAAAAGCACCAGCAGUUCCUGCAGGAGAAGCUGGCACGGUUGCGCCAGCAACAGCAGCAGCAGCAAGAGCAGCAAAUGGCUGCGGCCGCCGCGGCCGCCAACGGUGGUGCGCCCGGUGACGAGGGCCGCAGUGGUAGCCCCGCGCCGGCAGACAUUCCCUCGGAUGAACUGGACAUGGCCGAUGUCAUUACGCAGGAUCAACUCGAUGCCCAGCUGGCCUUUAUGCGGCGAGCGGUGGCCAACAUGGUCAAGGAGGGUCGCAAGACGGAGCUGCAUGCCGAUUAUGCAUGGUCCCAGACGGGCGGCAUGUCGGAACGUGAUCGCCAGUUCUUUGCCAAGGCCCGGGCCAACCGGGAAGGCGUGGAAGAAGAGGAUGAGGAGCACGAGGAGCAGACCGAAUUCAACUCGGAGGAGGUUGGCUAUGGCGACAAGCAGUCCUACUCAUGGAGUAACCGUUACCGUGCGCUCAAGCCGCGCUUCUUCAAUCGUGUCUUUACGGGCUACGACUGGAACGCGUACAAUCGCACCCAUUACGAUCACGAUAACCCUCCGCCCAAAACGGUGCAAGGCUACAAGUUUAACAUCUUCUACCCCGAUUUGGUGGACCCAACGCACACCCCGACAUACAAGAUCAAGCCUCUCAAAAACGAACCGGGCUUUGCCCUCAUCGUCUUCACCUCUGGCCCACCCUACCAGGACAUUGCCUUUAAGAUUGUGGACAAGCGAUGGGCCAUGGGGCGCUUCAGCGGCUACCGGUGCCGAUUCACGCCCAACAACAUUUUCGAGCUGUAUUUCCGAUUCAAGAAGGAGCGUUAUCGCCGCUAA